AUGGACCUUGACAAAUACGAAGCUCUUAUUUUAGAUUGUGAUGGAGUCCUGUGAAAAGGUCCAAAUCAAAUUCCAGGUAGCUUUGAAGCUUUACAAAGACUUCAUGCAACAGGCAAAAAGAUAUUUUUCCUCACUAACAACCCUGCUAAAACUCCUGAAGAUGUAAUCGAAUGAAUGCAGAGAUUCGGCUACGAAGCUUCUCCCAGACAAAUUUAUUGUUCAGGAAUGGCGGUUGGCUCAUAUUUAAAAAUUCAUUAUCCUCUCACAAACAAAAUUUACCUAAUCGGUUCAGAGCAAUUCAGAUCUCAGCUCACGAGGCAAGGAUUUCAAGUGUGGCAUGCAGUUGAUUUUCAGAACUAUCGUUUGUCAGCUGAUGAUUUAGAAAGACUUGUGAGUGACUACCCAAUCGAUGCAGUUGUUGUUGGCCAUGACACUAGAUUUACCUAUAUGUCAAGUGUUUAUGGGGCUGUUUUCAUUCAAAAUGGAGCAAAAUUUCUUGCAGCGAGUGAUGACCCUUAUUUUGUAAUGGAGAAAGGAAAUAAUAUUCCUGGCUGCGGGACUUUGACGACUUUUAUGGAAACUGCGACACAGAUGAAGGUUGAAGUUGUGGGGAAGCCAAAGACAUUUAUGCUGGACUUAAUAUUGCAAGAUAAUAAUUUGUCAAAGGAAAAAAUUAUUAUGAUAGGGGAUUCUAUGAGCACAGACAUAAGGAUGGGGCAUAAUGCAUGCAUUGACACUUUGCUAGUUUUAUCAGGGACGUCAUCUAGAGAAGAUUUGCCAAACUAUGAAUAUUCGCCUACUUUUAUUUAUCCUGAUCUCCAGUCUGUGGUUGCAGCGGAUUAUAUAAUGCUCAAUUAA